AUGACUCUCACACUUCCAGUAUUACUCUUCGCAUCAACAUUGGUGUAUUUGGUCGUCUACAUUUACAAGGUUGUCAACAAUCCUCUGAAUGUUGUGCCCGGGCCUUGGUAUGCUCGAUUCACUGGACUUCCCGGCACCAUCGCCACGCUCCGAAGACGACAGGUACAAUACUACCACGCACUCCACCAAAGAUACGGUCCAUACGUGCGAGUAUCCCCAGGACAAGUCUUCGUAAGCGAUGUCGACGCUUUCAAGACUAUCCACAAAAUAGGCAGCCACUUCCCGAAAGCCGACUACUAUCACUACUUCGGCCCCACCGAAGCCGGCAAGCCACCGUACGGACUGUUCCAGAUGACCAACGCCCAUGAUCAUUCGCAGAGAAGGAAGCUUUUGGGGCGAGGGCUUACUGCUUCGUCACUCCGUUCCGACUGGGAGGAGAUGGUGAGGGAGAAAGUCUCCACGGCAAUCGACGGCAUGGCGAAGGACGCACAAGCUACCGGUGGCGAGGUGGACAUUCGCAAGUGGUGGAUUCUCAUGGCUUGCGACGUUGUUUCUCGCCUGAUGUUUGGAGAGUCUUUUGAUGCGUUGAAGACCGGCAAGGAAGACCCUUGGUUUGAGGAGGUGCCCUUCGCCAACACCGCGUCAUUCUCUGCUCUUUCUUUCCCUUGGCUUUACGGAGUGGCUAAGCGUUUGCCAGUAGUCGGGACACUGAGGAUGUUCAACUCACACCACGUCUUGCUCGACAAAGGCCGCGCUGCGGUUGAAAACAGCAAACAGGCCACCGGUUCUCAGGCAGCAAACUUGUUCGCCAAAGUUCUUGGCCAGGCAGAGAAGGACGAAGGGUCUCUUACAAGUGAAGACAUCUGCGUCGAGGCUGCUUCGUUCAUGAUUGCUGGCACCGACACAACUUCCAACACUCUGACGUACGGCAUAUGGGCCGUUCUGCAGCGCUCCGGGCUGCAGCAGACCCUGGAGGAGGAGCUCGCCGACGUUGGUGAAGGAUUUACCGACACUGUGCUGGAGAAACUCCCGGUUCUUCAUGCGGUGGUUGAGGAGACUCUUCGGCUCUACGGAGCAGCUCCAACACCGCUACCUCGGAUCGUCCCUGCUGGGGGCGUUCAGCUUGGAGGUUAUCACAUCCCUGCCGGCACCGACGUUGCGACGCAAUCUUGGACUCUGCAUCGAGACCCGAAGAACUUUCAUGAUCCAGAAGAAUUUGACUACUCUCGAUGGAUGCCGGAUAGACAGCUCUCCGAGGCUGCUAAAGCAGCUUUUACACCAUUUGGCGCUGGUUCUCGCGUCUGCAUUGGCAAGCAUCUGGCAUACAUGGAACUUCGAUAUGGCAUGGCUAUGUUCUUCCGUAGAUUCCGUGGUGCGCACUUGUCUCCAGCGACCACUCCCGAGAGCAUGGAGAUGGACAAUCUUGUGUUGAUCGAGCCCAAGGGGAAGGUCUGCAAAGUCAUAUUGCCAGGGUCGGUGUGA